UGCUCCGGCAUUGUUCUUGCGUUAUUUAUGCCGUUUUGACGUGGCAGCAUCCGUUACCAGCACUCUGCGAGAGGGGCUCCCUUGGCCGUGAUUCGCCCGUUUCUGCCCCAUUUCACCAGACCCCGAAAGCUUGCAGCGCGCCAGCGCCGAAGGCUGAAGCUCUUGGCAUGGCCCUCCCCCACGGCCAGCAUGAACCUCUCCCUGACCCGACCGACUGGCACUGACACCCCAGUCUCUCCACCGCGCACGAAGCCCCAGCCAUCAACGUCCGUCCGGCACAGCUGGGAACACCGCUGAUGCCAUUUGAUAAGGGAAGGCCCGCUCAUCGCAGCCUAAAUUGCCUAGUGCUUGAGCGGAAACGCAUCACCAGUUGGGGGCUGGCAAUCACGAGUGUCAUGGUUGACCAAGAAUCACUCUUUCCUCCUGUUAUUUGUGGUAUUGCUGUCCUUGGGUUACCUAAAGUCGUUUAGGAAAACAAAACAAAAAAUAGAAACACUUUGUCACUUCCAUCCACACACUGAACGUGUUUUGUUUCCACAUUUUGCACUGCUGUUUUUGCCAUGGUUUUGAGCCAUAUCUCCAUCUUUGGAGCCGCUCCGGUCCAGCUCUUCCUUUUCCCGCUAUGUGCCGACCGCGAAGCCGGUGACGAGGACCAGAGGACGGGCGUCGAGUAUAUCCACGGAGGCGUUGGUACCCUCGCCGACCUCCUAACGCAGGAUCCCUUGAGCGGCGUUUGCGUGCGAGGGCCGGACCUUGGUAGCCCGGAGCGCGGCGCUAUCGAUUCGAUUUCUGAACUCGAGCUCUGUGGGACAGAUGGUGGCCGGGGCCGCCACGGCGCCCUCAAGCUGGCGCGCGAAUGGCACGUCGGAUCACCCAAACUUCCGCCCAAGUGGUAUGCGCCACGACCGCUGCUGCUACCCGAAGGCGAUGGUGUCGACGCCGGCGGCAGCGUCUUCAUCAGCAUCGUCCUAGAUGCUGACCCCGGAAAGACGUUCCCAGACGGCGCAUGCGAUGUCAUUAUCGACGGGAUCCCCGAGAUUCCGCCGCCCCGUUUCUUAGUCGUCCUCAUGACCGCCCCCCUCUGUGUCGGGGGCCUCUGGCAGGCGGUGCGCCAGAGGGAGCAUCACCGCGGCAGGCUCGUGGCCGGAGCUGAGACGGUCGCCAUCGUCAGCGCCGAUGACCUCCGUGCCGAGGGGAUGCAGCUGUCGCUUGGCUUGUCUUGGGAGAAGACAUGCGAGGACUUUGUCGAGAAGCUGGGCUCCGUCGGAAGGUUGACAACUCUGAUGACUUGCCCGCACCUCGUCGUCCUGUUCGGCUACGACGGCGUCAUCUACCAUCGCGGCCGGGAGGUGAGCAAGCCGACCUUGUUCUUCGACCCGCUGUGCAUUGAGGGCGACUUCGCCCGGCGGAACCGGGGCCGCGUCCCCGGAGCCCGGGAGGCGUUCGUCGCGGGCUUCGCCCAAGGCCUCGCCCAGAGCCUCGCCGCGGUCCACGGUUCGCCGGCGGCCGAGUGCGACGACGCGAGCACCAGCGCCUGUGUCAAAAGGGGGAUCGAGUCGGGCUUCUGGGCUGCAAGGCGUCUCUCACAUCAGGGCUUAUCCCUCGCGGCGGCGCCAGCGGCCUCGCCGGCAUCUGUGUACCGGACCGGGGGGAUCCUCCUCCGCGGGGGUCGGGACCUGCCCGACGGACAACACUUGCUAGAGUUUGCGAUCCCGGCAGACAGGAUCGCCAGGGAGACCGAGCCCAGCUGGUCCCUGCUCGACAGCAUAGUCGGAGACGUCACCGCGGUCGCGCGCGGCAUCGUCAUCGACGGGCCAGAAGCACCCGGCAACCAGGUGGCGCAGGCGCGCUUUGGCCGGCUCGUCUUGUUCGACCGGCACGAGAUCGAGACGUUCCGCACCGUCUUCAACCUGAUACAGCAAUACCUCUCCAACCCCAACAAGCAAAGCCCGCUCAACAUCGCCCUCUGCGGGCCCACGGGCGCGGGGAGGGCCUACGCGGCGCUACAGGUGGCCGAGAGCGCCACGAGGGGACGCAACGUCCGGCAGCUCCGGUUCGACCUCGGCAAGUUCGCCUGUGCCGCCGAUCUCACUGCCGCAUUCUACAGCAUACGGGACUGUGCGGCGUCGCCCGAGGCACCCAUUCCCCUGGUCUACUUUGACGGCUUCGACACGAGCCUCCCCGACUCCACGUCGCCGUUCGGUUGGCUCCCCCACCUCGCCCCGGCGAUGCUCGACGGCGUGUUUUCCGACGGCGGUGUGGCUAGGCACAUGGGGCGGCGCGCCGUCUUUUUCUUUGGCGCCAGCGCUGUACGGACGUACGCCGACCUGAAGCGCCGGGCCGAUGCCAACACGGACGCGUCGGCCGGGGUGCGCAGCUUCCUGGGCUGCCUUCACGGCUGCGUCGACGUCCUCGGGCCCAACCGCAUCGACGCGGCGGACCGGCUCUACCCCGUGAGGCGAGCCGCCCUCCUCCGGGCUCUCUUGGAAGAGAGAGAGCCGAAGCUCAAGGCCGGCGAAAAGCUCAGGAUCGACCACGGCAUGCUCAACGGCUUGCUUCUCGUCCCCAGCUACCCGCAGGGCGUCAGGUCCAUCCGUUCCAUCAUUGCCAUGAGCAGGCUCGACGGCUGCCAGCGCUUCGAGUUCGCAGCCCUCCCGCCCCGAACGCAGCUCAACAUUCAUGUCGACUACGACGAGCUCCUGCGGCACAUGAGCGGGAUACCUAUUCCCCGUGAGCACCGAGAGGAGAUGGCGAGGGGCAUCCACAACGCCUACAACGACUCUAUUGAUGCCAUGCACGCCGAGACGCCGAACAAACCGUCUGCCGAGCCGUGGGAGGCGCUUGAUGAGGAGAAGAAGGAGUCGUCCCGGGCGCACGCGGAUUCCAUCCCGCACAAGUUGCGCCUUGUCGGGUGUUUUCUGUCGCUGGAGCGGGAUGAUCGCACGCUCGUCAAGAGUUUUACCCCCGAGGACGUCGACCGGAUGGCCAUGGAGGAGCACGACCGCUGGUGCUCUGAACGGCUGCAGAAACAAUGGCGUCUGGGGCCCAGGGACCCCAAAGUCCGGAGCAGCCCCUUUUUUGUGUCCUGGUCCGAGCUGGACAAGCCAUGGCAGGACGUAGAUCGUGACAUCGUGAAGAGGUACCCGGAGAUCCUCAAGCCACAUGGGCUCAUGAUCUACAAGGUGGGCUGAAAAUUUCCUAGAUUUCCUUUUUUUUUUUUGCCCGGGGGAAGGGAGAGAGAGGCGGCUGGCGAGAGGUGGGGCUGUCAACAAAGGAAAAAGUCUACGUUAGGUAUGCAGUCUCAGUUGUAGGUCAGCCUACCAGGUAACAAAUCGGACCGAAGACCCCUCGUGGCCUUGUAGUAAACGC